AUGACGGGAGAGUCGUUAGUUCGAGCAUUUUACAGUGGAAAGAAUUUUUUUAUUACUGGCGGCACGGGAUUCGUAGGUUUGUGCCUUAUUGAGAAAAUACUGCGAUGUAUACCAGAUUCUGGAAAAAUAUAUUUGCUAAUGCGGCCGAAGAAGGGCAAGGAGAUAUCAGAGAGAUUGAAGGAGUUUCCUGGUCAUCCUGUCUUUGAAAAAUUGCUAGAAAACCACUCAAAAGACAUUUUCAAUAAACUUAUCCCAGUUUCUGGAGAUGUAGGUGUAGAGGACUUAGGUUUAUCUCCAGAAGAUCGGCAGCUUCUUGUAGAUAAUGUAAAUGUGGUGAUACAUUCAGCAGCUACCCUUGAUUUUGAAGAGGGCUUGAAACCAACUGUCAAGAUUAAUGUAUUAGGGACAAAGAGAAUUUUAGAAUUGUGUAAACAGAUUAAAGAUUUGAAGGUAAUGGUGCAUGUAUCCUCAGCCUAUGUUAACUCAUUUUUAAAAGAAGCUGAAGAAAAAAUAUAUGAAACUCCAGGUGAUGUUGACAGUGUCAUUAAUCUUGUUAACCGCUUGUCUGAUGAAGCUUUGGAAGAUAUGGAGAAGACCAUCCUUCGUGGACACCCAAAUACGUACACAUUCACAAAGCACCUUGCAGAACAUGAAGUUAAGAACUGCUCAAAUCUAUUCCCUUGUACAAUUGUCCGGCCUUCUAUGAUUGUGGCAUCCUGGAAAGAACCUGUGAUAGGCUGGACUUGUUCAAAAGUUGGACCCCAAGGAUUUCUUAUGGGAGCCGCUAAAGGUGUUGUCCGUCGGUUACCUCUCUCUACAGAAAACAUAGCUGAUUAUAUUCCAGUUGAUGUGGUUAUUAACCAACUACUUGUAGCAGGAUGGCACGCUGCUAAACAGAAGUCGGGUCUAACAGUUUACCACUGUACGACUUCAACACAGAAUCCUUUCCGUUGGAAUAUGCUAAACUCUGUUGUCAAUGAAAUGCUUCACAAUUACCCACUUAAGAGUGCUGUCUGGUACCCGCAUUUACAAUUUGUUCCAUCGCUCUUCCUCUUCCGUAUAUCGGCCAUCUUUGUUCAUUUCUUUCCCGCCAUUUUGCUCGACAUGUUACUAAGGAUUACUGGAGGCAAGCCCAUACUAUUCCGUCUACACAAAAAUGUCUGGAAUUCCCUGGCUCGUUUGGAAACAUUCAUUUUCUCCGAAUGGAGGUUCCAUAAUCCUAAUACAAGGGAAUUAGCGACGCAGCUUAAUAGUGUGGAUGAGGAUUUGUUCUAUAUUAAUAUAUCCUCUAUAUAUUGGAUAGAAUACUUUGUAAAUCUCCAUUUGGGAGUGAGAAGAUAUUUGAACAAAGAGAGUGAGAAAUCAAUUCCUGCCGCAAAAACUAAAGACGCCAUAUUAAAAGUCGCCCAUAUUUUAUGGCAAGUUAUGAUUAUAGUCUUGCUGUGGUUCAUUUUUGCCGCCAUUUUUGGCUUCACAAUGCUCCAGAGUUGUUGGGCUCCGGCGAUUAUGUACUACUUGUACACGUUGCUAUAG